GUUUCAUUGUAGACUUCGAAGACUAUCCAAUGAUGGAGAAGUUAGGAAGGAAAAUGGUUCAACAUUGCGGGGGCUUGCCACUAGCCGUUGUAGAACUCGGAGGACUUCUAGGAAAAAAGAAGACCUUGAAUGAGUGGCAGACAAUUUAUCAAAAAUAUCGAAAGAGAGAGUUCCGGAUCGGUGGAUAUGGUAAUUUUUUAUUGGAUGUGUUAGCUCUAAGUUACCAAGAUUUAUCAUAUCAGCUAAAGACAUGUUUUCUUUGUCUGGGCAUUUAUGCAAAUGAACUUGACAUAGAAGUAGACAUACUAUAUCAAUUGUGGAUGGCUGAAGGCAUCAUAUCCCGUGAGGAAAGAGGAGAAGAAGAAACAAUGAUGGAUGUUGCAGAACGUUAUUUGGGUGUAUUAGCAGAGAGGUGUAUGGUUCAAGUGGAAUUUAAGGAGAAGGUUGAGUAUUCAACAAUUACAGAAAGCAAAAGGUUUAAAAGUUGUCGACUUCAUGGCCUCAUGCUAGAUUUAUGUAUGUUAAAAGUACGGGAGGAAAGCUUUUUUAAAACCAUUGAUUAUAGGGGCAUGCAUAAUCAAGAAGUGCAUCCAUCUUUUUCAUCCUUGGCAACAUCAACUGAUGGUAGCAAUAGCAAUAAAAUCGCAGACUUGCUAUCUAUCUAGAUGAGAAUAGUGACCUUCCCCUCUUCGACUUCAAACAAGAAGAAAUAGCUCGACCUAUUCGGGCAAUUUUAUUCUUCAUCUGUAGCUACAUUAACUAUCCAUUUGGAGAACAAUUGAUCCAUUUGUGCAAAAAUUCCAAAUGUCUCAGAGUGAUACAUUUCCAUGGAAAAAAAUCAGGCGACUUUACUGAUGGAAAACCAAAAGAGUUACCAAAAGAAAUAGGAAACCUAAUCUUUUUGCGGUAU